AUGAGUGCAGAACGCUGGACAAAGGUUAUAAUCAGAGGCGUUAUGUGCCUGUCAGGAAUUAUUGGAAACAACUGGCUGUGCAUUAGCUCCCUGCCAAAAUCCAUCUCUCAGCUCCGAACAAAUGAUGCCCUGUUUGUAAACCUGGCUGUAUCCAAUCUGAUCACCAAUUACCUGGUGGACCCUCUCCACAUUUUCACUACUAAAAGUUUUUUACCUGUAGAAAAGGUGCUUUGCAGCUUUCAAUUUUUCCUGCCUGAAUUCUCAGAAACCAGCAGCAUCUUGAGCACCAUGUUCAUCACUGUGUACUGGCAUCAGAAGCUCGUGGGCUCUCUGAAACGCGGAGGAGCUCCUGUGAAAAUGGACAACAUCUGCUUCAUCGCCGCUCUUCUGGCAGGAAGCUGGACAUUCGCAUUUGUCCUCAAUGUCCCUCAUUUUAUUGCAGUUGUGGAAGACGAUGGGAAUGCAACUAUUCAAGAAUGCAAGGAAGACCUGCCUUCGGAGGAAGCCAAUCAGGCCUACAAGGCGGUGUACAUCACACUCGCAAAUGUGCUUCCACUUACCGGGAUUCUUUAUGCGAGCAUCCAGAUUGUGAUCACUCUGCUGCAGAAUGAAAAACGGAUGAAGAAACCGAGCACGGUGGUCAAGAACAGAGGAAACGCCUCACCAGAGAAAAGUGCAGAUAACAUUAACAAUGUACCAGCGGUUACCAAGUCCAAGUCACAAGCCAAAUCAAGUCUUUUGAGGGCUGCAAAGAGUGUGGUAGCAGUGGCCUUUUUUUUCGUAAUUUGCUGGAUAAUUCACCUCAUCGUCAAUCUCACUGCUUCUGUCACACCAUCCAGCGUGUUAGAAGACUUAAACAGCUUUGUAGGAGCAUCCUAUACGUGCAUCAUUCCUUAUAUUUACCUGCACGGUAUGCAAAGGCUGACCUGCGCCAGAUGUUAA